CCGUCGGCGGUGGAGUUCGCGUCGGCAGAGGGGAAGCGACUGUUCGCGGAGGCGCUGUAGGGCGGGACCAUGGAGGGCUUCUUCAACCUCAUCUCCUACUUCCAGACGCAGUCGGAGCCGGCCUUCUGUGGCCUCACCUCCCUAUCCGUCGUGCUCAACACGCUCGCCAUCGACCCCGGGCGGUCGUGGAAGGGGCCCUGGAGAUGGUUCGACGAGUCCAUGCUCGACUGCUGCGAGCCCCACCAGAAGGUCAAGGAUGAGGGUAUCACCUUCGGCAAGGUGGUCUGCCUUGCCCACUGCACCGGCGCCAGGGUCCAGUCCUUCCGCGCUGACCAGACCACCAUCGCCCACCUCGCCCGCUGCGCCGCCUCCCAGGAUUGCCAUCUCAUCUCAUCCUACCAUAGGAGCCCCUUCAAGCAGACUGGGACUGGCCAUUUCUCGCCCAUCGGCGGCUAUCACACCGAGAAAGACAUGGCGCUCAUCUUGGAUGUGGCACGCUUCAAGUGCCCUCCUCAUUGGGUUCCAUUGACGCUAUUCUGGGAUGCCAUGAACACGACUGAUGAAGCAAGAACCUCAAGACCUCCGCCUCCGCCGACAGCGCCGGAGGGGCGAAGGACAAGGAGCGGACGGGGGUGGUGGUGGAGAACAAGGAGGACGGCGACGUGGAGACGGGUCCGACGCGCCCCACCACGGCCCCCAUCCCUGCCGCUGCUGGAUUGGCUCGAUCCAGAGCAAUGUUUUAAAUAG